AUGAAUAACAAAAAAAAAAAUCCAAAAAAAAAUUUUAAGAUAUAUGAUGAUUAUAAUUACAAUAGUUGUGGAUCAAAUGAGUGGUCAGAAAGUUCUGAUUGUUCAUAUUCUCAAUUUUAUGAAAUGUAUAAAAAAAAUAUGAGAAAAAAAAAAAAAAAAGAGAAAAAAGAAAAUGAAAAUUUACAAUUAUCUCGAAUUUGUAGCAAUUAUAUUAGUUCAAUUAAUUCAAAUUUCAAGAAGAAAGCAAAAAGACAAUAUUUGACUCUCUCUAACAACAGUAUAAAUAAGUUAAUAAAAUCGAGUUAUGAAAAUUUGCAAAUAGGUGAAAAUUUCCAAACGGGUGAAAAUUUCCAAACAGGUGAAAAUUUCCAAACGGGUGAAAAUUUCCAAACGGGUGAAAAUUUCCAAACGGGUGAAAAUUUCCAAACGGGUGAAAAUUUCCAAACAGGUGAAAAUUUCCAAAUAGGUGACAAAGCAAAAGAAGAUACCUUUAAAAAAAUAACAUCCAGAAUAAAAAAAUAUAUCAAAAAAAUGGAUAUUCAAAAUUAUGGAAAAUAUCAAAAUGAACAAAAUAAAUGGGUGAUAAAUGAAAACAAUACAAAUAAUCCAAUGUCUAUAACAGAUAUUAAAUAUAAUAAAAUGCCAAAUUAUGUGAUUGUAAAUUCAAAAAUGUAUGGGCAACCAAAUAGUAAUAUUAUAAAUAAGGAUGAAGAUAGAAAAGAAAUAACAAUUCCAAAUAAAUUAAACAAGAUAACAAAUUUAUUAACAUUUCUUAGUGACACAUCAUCGGAUAAUGAAGAUGAAAAUAAUUGCUUUUUCAAUACGUCCAUAAAAACAGAAUCCCCAAAAAUGGUGGAAAAUUGUAUAUUUUGCUCAAAAUUUGAAAUUGUAGAAAAAAUAAAAAAGUUUGUAUUUAAUAAAAUAAAACCUAUAUGUGCAUCAUGUUUUAUUAUAUUUUUAAAUUUAAUAAAAAUAAAUUCAGUUAUUUGUAUUUAUUGUUUUAAAAUAUAUUUUCCUUAUAAAGAUACAAUCAGAUGUGCUAUAUGUAAAAGACAGAGUUCAAAAAUAAUAAAAAAAUUUGAUGAAAAUUUAAAAAAUAAAUAUAAUAUUACAUCUAUUAUAAACGAAUUAAACAUUUUUAUAUCUUUAUAUAAUUAUCAGUUUAGUGACAAUAUAGAUACAGAUAUGUUUUUAAAUUUUUUUAUUAACAUUAAUUAUUGUUUUCAAAAUUUAUAUUCUUAUCUUUCUUCUCAUCAAAUGCUUAACAUUUAUAAAAGUUAUAUAUAUGCAAAUUAUUCGAAACCCUUUGAAGAUUUAAUAGGAGAUUUAAAAAAAAAAAAAAAAAAAAAAAAAAAAUUGGAAAAAAAUAAUAUUAUUAAUAAUUUUCCACAAAAAUGUAAAAUCGAAAAAAAUAAUUAUAUACAAUAUUUACACCAUACAUUAGAUAAAAUUAAGAAAUGGAGUGAUUAUGAAAUUUCGAAUUAUGAUUAUUUAAAAAAUAAAAAAAAAUCCAAAUUAAAUAAGCUCGAAAAUGAUAUAAAAAAUUAUACCAUCAUGCUAAACAAGUCAAUUGGAACAAAUAUAACCAAUUUGGUUCCAAAAAAAAAUGGAGAAAAAAAUGGAGAAAAAAAUGGAGAAAAAAAUGGCGAAAAAAGUGAAGAAAAAAGUGAAGAAAUAAAAAAUAAAUGUAUAGAACAGCGCAGCAACAUUUUAACCACUUUUCAAAAUGAUGGGGAAGAAAAGAAAUUAUGUCUAAAUGAGUUGCACAUAUCUAAAGAAGAAGAGAAUGAACAAGACGAUAAAAGAAAGAUAUUAUUAGAAAAUGAAGAAAAGAAAAUGAAAAACCAAAAUGUAUCCCAAUAUGAUAAUUGCAAAGAUAAUAUUCCUAUUAAAGAAAGCAACCAAAAUAGUGAAACUAAGUUGAAAGCGGUUGAAAAAAAUGCAAAAUUGAAUGAAAAAAAUGCCAAAUUUCAUGAAGAAAGCAAAACGUCAUUUGAAAAUUUUAGUAAAAUAAUAAUAGCUAGUUUACUUAAAUUAAAACAUGAAAAAAUAGAAUCUUCAUAUUAUAAUCUUAAAAAUGUGUCUAUUAAUAUAAGCCAAAUAAAUUUGAAUAAAACUGUUAAAAAAUAUUAUUCUAAAGAUCUUUUUUUGUUAUAUUAUAUUAAAUAUGUUCAGAAACAGAAGAAUGAGAUUCACCGACUAUUUCAAACUGUCCAGGGAGCCGAAAUCCAAGUGGAAAAUUUCAAAAGGAAAUUCAGGAUAGACUAUGGAAAAGAUGCUAACAUAAAUGAAAUAAAUAAAAACAUAUACGAAAAAAAUAAAUUGUUAAAUCGAGGUAAAUUAAUAUUAGAAAGCAAAAUAAAGAAUUUAGAAAAUUGUUCAAGUAUAAAACAAAUUUAUCAAAUAAUUAGCAAAUUUAGUGACAUUUUAGAAUUGUCUUUAAUUAAAAAUAGAAAUGAAAAUGAAGAUAUUGAAAAGAGAAACAUAAAGACAGUAAAUAAAUAUUUGAAAAAAAUGAUAAAAGAAAAUAAAAGAAAAAAUAAUGAAUUAACCAAAUAUGAAUCUUUUCAUAAUGAGUUAUUUUCAAUAAUAGAAAUAUUAAAUCUUUUAUAUGGUAUUACCGAAGAUGGAAAAAAUGGCGAAAGCAUAAAUAUGUCAAAUGUGUCAAAUUGCAAUUUAGUUAGUAUGUUGAGAAAAAUAAAAAUGUUUUUAUAUACAAAAAAAAUACAGAAAAUUAACGAAAAUUUAAAAAAAAAACCACUAAAUAAAUCACUAAAAAAAUCACUAAAAAAAAUAAAAAGAAAUUAUUCGACUUCGAAUAUAUCUUAUUCAGUACAACCACAUCAAAAAACAAACUUUAAAAAUGUUAAUGAACAAAAUAAAGAUAGUGAAAAAAAUAUACCAAAAAUAAUAUGUGUGUUAGAUAUUAAAAAAAAAAAUUUAGAUACAUUCUUAACAGAUCAUAAUCCCAUUAAAAUAAUAAAUAAAAAUAAUUUAAUUUUUAUAAAAGAAAUAUAUUCAUUUAAUUCAAUAUAUAUAAAUAAAAUAUAUAUAUAUGAUUUUAUGUCUAAUAUUAUGAAUAACUAUAUUACUCAUUUUAUUAACAAAAAUAAUGUUACUAUAUUUAAUUUUUCUCUAAGUUAUUCACGAAAUAAAAAAAAUGUAUUUUUAACUUUAUUUAAAGAUUAUUUCCAUCCCAAUCAAAAUGCGGACACCUCCACAAAACGCCAUGAUCGAUUUUCGAUUUUGCAGAAUGGGCCGGCAAGACAGAAUAUGCACAAGAAUGAAACAGUAAAACAGAAUAUGCACAAGAAUGGGGUGGCAAAACAGAAUAUGCACAAAAAUGGGGUGGCAAAACAGAAUAUGCACAAAAAUGGGGUGGCAAAACAGAAUAUGCACAAGAAUGGGGUGGCAAAACAGAAUAUGCACAAAAAUGUGAUCAUACAAAAUGGCGAAAUUGAAAGAUGCGAAAGUAAUGGUGGCCACUUGGAUAUGCCACGCGAUGUGAAAUCCGAAAAUAACAAUUUAAAGAAAAAUAUGACACUUAUAAAAAUUAUAAAUGAAUUAAAAAAAAAACUAAGCGAAAAAUAUUCGUAUGAAAAUUACAACUUAAAAUUAAGUAUAUAUGCCCAAAAAAAUAAAUCACUAUAUAAUAUUAACAAGUGUGUUUUUUUUAAACAAAAUAAAGUUAUUUCUUCAGAAGAGGAAAACAUUAAUAAUAUAAAAAAAUAUAAAAUUAAAAUAAAUUUAAAAAAUAAAAAAAAAAUGAAAAAAAAAAAUAAUAUUUAUUAUGUCGAUGAUAAAAAAAGACGAAAAAGUAGUGAUGAGGUUAAAAACAAAUCGAAAGAUGAAAUAAACAAAAAAGAAAACUAUAAUAAAAUAGAAUAUUUAAAUUGUAUAAAUUUAAAGAAAAUUAAAAAUAUAAAUAAAUACAUAAAUUAUAAAAAUAUAAAUAAGUUUAAAAAAUAUUCUAUUAUUUUUGUAAUCAAAUUAGAAUUAUUACUACCUUAUGAAAAUCAUAUUUUUAUCAAAAAAAAAAAAAAAAAAAAACUAAAAAGAAAAAAGGGAAUAUUCCAUUUUACACUUGUUGAUAUAACUAUACCUAUUUUUGAUAUAAUGAAAAAACAAAAUCAAACUGCUAUUAAUUAUUUUCUUGAAUUUAAAAAUAAACAAAACUUCGAAAGUAUAUUUAUCAAUUAUAUCCAGUCUCAACUUUUUAAUACACAAAAUUCUAUCUAUCAUUCUUAUAAAACUAUUCAAUUUUUAUUACAAAAAAAUCCACGUAUUUGUUUUCUUUUGUAUAUAAGAGAUGAUUUUUUCCUUUCGAAUUGUCAAAAUUUAUAUUCUAUAUCGAAUGAAGAAAAUAGCCAAAAUGAUCAGAAUAAAAAUAAGAGUAGUAAUGAUCAUGAAAUAAUUAAUCCAAAAAAAACACAAACAAAUCAAAACACAAUUAUAAAAUUAUUGUAUAUUUAUUAUUGGUGUAUCAUGUGUGAAGGGACAGGUGGUUCUAGUAUGCCUUCUUCCUAA